AUGCAGAAACGUAUAGUUUUCGCUCAUGAAAGUAUUUGAUGAUUUUAUGAUUUAGGUGUUUAGUUAGUUUUGUAAUUUAAGAUAUUAUAAUUCAGAUUGAUUUGCAUGUAAAAAAAUCGUUAUAUAAUUGAAUAUUAAAAAUGUUUUCUAAGAAAAUUAAAGCUUAAGAAAGUUUAUACACGCUCCUACUUUUUUCUUUUUUUUUUUUGAUUGAAGAAUUUGAGGAGAAUAGAAUUAAAUUAGACAAAACUGAAUUGAUGGUACUGGAAUUUUAUUUGUGUUUUUAAUAAACAAGAUAUAGUAUUGAUUAUACACAUUAGUAUGCUAUAUUAUUUUUUUUAUGAGUGUUUGAGAAUGUAUUUACAAAAAUAUACACCUGUAAGGAUAACUUACAUUAGUUCGUUGUUAGUAUAGAAAAUGAUUAAAAAAUAAUAAUAAUAAUAUUAUAAGAACAUACUUGACUUUGAGAGACAUUUAAUAAAUGUAUCUAUUAGUGUAUUUUAUUUCAUUAACUGUACUUAUAGUAUUACUGAAUUCGGAUGAAGCCUUCAAAACAUUAUUUUCUUAAUAUUUAUAAAAAUGAAAAAUGUAAAAUUCAAUACAGACUAAUAUUGAAGUUUAGAUUAGUAUGAAAGGAGGAAUAUUUUUAAAAAUGUUUUUAAAAUAUUUUUAAAAAUGUAAUACACAAUUAAAACAUAGAAUAUAUUCACACACAAAUAUUUUAUAAAUAAUAAGUUGUACAAAGCUAUAAGUUAGAAUCUGAAGUCAUAAUUCAGCAUAAUUCGAAUUAACAAAACAUAGCACAUAAAUAAAAUGUAAUUCUUGAGCAUGUAUCCAAGUUUUCAAUUCCAGCAAUUAGCAUAAAAACUUUUGUUUCAAAUUUACCUUUUUCUUCACAAAGAAGAUUCAACAUUAUGUUUCUCGAAAUUUAUCAUUCUUUACUAAGUAUUAUUGUAUAAUAUCCAUCAGUUCAAGAUUUUCAUAUUUUAUCUCAAUCUAACGUGUUUCUUGUUCAAUUUAUAGGUCAAUCCGCGUUGUACGGAAUGAAUAAAAGCCUGAAAAAUAGCGGCCUCUUUCCGUCGACUUUCAAUGUCGCUGCAAAGGCUGACAUCUUUGUCAACGCAACUUGCGGUGAAGACGGACCAGAAACCUUCUGCAAACCUUCUGAAUCGUCGAGAUGCGGAGUUUGCGAUGCUAGGAGCCCAGAUCCUGGCAAAAGGCAUAAUAUUAGCAACAUACUGGACUCGAGCCCUGGAAAGUGGUGGCAGAGUCCAACUCUUGCCAAAGGAGAUCACUACGAGUACGUGACCAUAGUUUUGGAUCUUAAACAGCUGGAGAUACAAAAAGAACCUCUCCUUCAAUCUCGUUAUUACCGCCAACGCACAAACCUAACCUUAAUCCCCGAAGCACCGUUGCCCGUCCCAAAGGUAAAGAAAAAGAAAAGACAAUGCAGCGGGAUACAGCACUCACUGUGUGAUCCCGUGAGAAAAGUACGUUUCGUUAUAUUCAAAGAAGCCGAUUUAUCCUCUUCUUCGUGUCCCCUGUUCAGCAAAAUUCAAAUGGCCUUACAUUACGUCGCCAUUAAAGGGCGCGCGCAGCCAAUAGAGAAGAGGCCUCCCUUCCCGAAAAAUUGUAAAGUCGCCUUUUCCCGCUUCUCGUUAGGCUCGUUUCUCGCAUUGUGCCCGAUCCUUUACCUUUACGAAUUUAUGUCCCCUGCGAUCCCCUGGUGGCGGCGGCGGCGAAGGCGAAAAGAAGAAAAGGGAGGUUAG